GAAAGUGACAAGUUGAGGGAGGCUGAGAGCCAGAGAGCGAGCGUGCAGAGCGGGAGGAGCCGCCGCAGCCGCCACCGAGAGAGUCCCGGGACGGGAGCCCCCGGGCGUAGGGCGCACUCCUCUCCGAGUCCGGGCCGGAGGGAUCGGCCUUCUGCGAGCGCGACCCCGACAGCCCGGGACUGACCGGCGGGCGGAGGCGAGGCUGCAGCUGCAGGGCUGAGGAGGGACCCGCGCGCGGACGGGGUCCAGAGGCGGCCGGGCGGAGCGAGGGAGCAGGUUAGAGGGACAAAGAACUUUGCAGACGCCCCCGGCAUCCUGCGGAGGGAGCGGCCGGAACGAGGUGGCCGGGACACCGGGCAGAGCCCGUGGAUGUUCUGCGCGCGGCCUGGGAGCCGUCGCCGCCGCCGCCGCCGGGAGAGGAGGAAUGCACCGACCGCGCCGCCGCGGGGCGCGCCCGCCGCUCCUGGCGCUGCUGGCCGGGCUGCUGCUGGCUGCGCGCGGGGCCGCUGCCCAAGAAACAGAGUUGUCAGUCACUGCUGAGUUAGUGCCUACCUCAUCGUGGAACAUUUCAAGUGAACUCGACAAAGAUUCUUACCUGACCCUCGAUGAACCGAUGAAUAACAUCACCACGUCCCUCGGGCAGACGGCGGAACUGCACUGCAAAGUCUCUGGGAACCCACCUCCCACCAUCCGCUGGUUCAAAAAUGAUGCACCUGUGGUACAGGAGCCCCGGAGGAUCUCCUUCCGGGCCACCAACUACGGCUCCAGGCUGCGGAUUAGAAACCUCGACACCACGGACACAGGCUACUUCCAGUGUGUGGCAACGAAUGGCAAGAAAGUGGUUUCUACCACUGGAGUCUUGUUCGUCAAGUUUGGGCCCCCUCCCACCGCAAGUCCAGGAUCCUCAGAUGAGUAUGAAGAAGAUGGAUUCUGUCAGCCAUACAGAGGGAUUGCAUGUGCAAGAUUUAUUGGCAACCGCACUGUCUAUAUGGAGUCUUUGCACAUGCAAGGGGAAAUAGAAAAUCAGAUCACAGCUGCCUUCACCAUGAUCGGCACCUCCAGCCACUUAUCUGAUAAGUGCUCUCAGUUCGCCAUUCCUUCCCUGUGCCACUACGCCUUCCCGUACUGCGACGAGACGGCAUCCAUCCCAAAGCCCCGGGACUUGUGUCGCGAUGAAUGUGAAAUCCUGGAAAACGUCCUGUGUCAAACAGAGUACAUUUUUGCGAGAUCCAAUCCCAUGAUCCUGAUGAGGCUGAAACUGCCAAACUGUGAAGAUCUCCCCCAGCCCGAGAGCCCGGAGGCCGCAAACUGCAUCCGGAUUGGAAUUCCCAUGGCGGAUCCUAUCAAUAAAAAUCACAAGUGCUAUAACAGCACAGGUGUGGACUAUCGGGGGACAGUCAGUGUGACCAAAUCAGGACGCCAGUGCCAGCCGUGGAAUUCCCAGUACCCGCACACACACACCUUUACUGCCCUCCGUUUCCCGGAGCUGAACGGGGGCCAUUCCUACUGCCGCAAUCCAGGGGAUCAGAAGGAGGCUCCUUGGUGCUUCACCUUGGAUGAAAAUUUCAAGUCUGACGUGUGCGACAUCCCAGCAUGUGAUUCAAAGGAUUCCAAGGAGAAGAAUAAAAUGGAAAUCUUGUACAUACUGGUGCCAAGUGUUGCCAUUCCUCUGGCCAUUGCUCUGCUCUUCUUCUUCAUUUGUGUCUGCCGCAAUAACCAGAAGACCUCAUCCCCGCCUGUCCAGAGGCAACCGAAGCACGUCAGAGGUCAAAACGUGGAGAUGUCAAUGCUGAAUGCAUAUAAACCCAAGAGCAAGGCUAAAGAGCUACCCCUCUCGGCUGUGCGUUUUAUGGAAGAACUGGGUGAAUGUGCCUUUGGAAAGAUCUAUAAGGGCCAUCUCUAUCUCCCGGGCAUGGACCAUGCUCAGCUGGUCGCCAUAAAGACCUUGAAAGACUACAACAACCCCCAGCAGUGGACAGAGUUUCAGCAGGAAGCCUCCCUGAUGGCCGAACUGCAGCACCCCAAUAUCGUCUGCCUUCUAGGCGCCGUCACUCAGGAGCAACCGGUGUGUAUGCUUUUCGAGUACAUGAAUCAGGGGGAUCUCCACGAGUUCCUCAUCAUGCGAUCCCCGCAUUCCGAUGUCGGCUGUAGCAGCGACGAAGACGGGACCGUCAAAUCCAGCCUGGAUCACGGAGAUUUUCUGCACAUCGCAAUCCAGAUUGCUGCGGGCAUGGAGUACCUGUCUAGUCACUUCUUUGUCCAUAAGGACCUUGCGGCUCGCAAUAUUUUAAUCGGGGAGCAGCUUCACGUAAAGGUUUCAGACCUCGGGCUUUCCAGAGAGAUCUACUCUGCCGAUUACUACAGGGUGCAGAGUAAGUCUCUGCUGCCCAUUCGCUGGAUGCCCCCUGAAGCCAUCAUGUAUGGCAAAUUCUCAUCUGAUUCAGAUAUCUGGUCCUUUGGGGUCGUCUUGUGGGAGAUUUUCAGUUUCGGACUGCAGCCCUACUACGGAUUCAGCAACCAAGAAGUGAUCGAGAUGGUGAGGAAGCGACAGCUGUUGCCGUGCUCCGAAGACUGCCCGCCCAGAAUGUACAGUCUCAUGACGGAGUGCUGGAACGAGAUUCCCUCCAGGAGACCCAGAUUUAAAGAUAUUCACGUCCGGCUGCGCUCCUGGGAGGGACUGUCCAGUCACACCAGCUCUACGACCCCUUCGGGGGGAAAUGCCACCACGCAGACCACCUCCCUUAGCGCCAGCCCAGUGAGUAAUCUCAGUAACCCCAGAUACCCCAAUUACAUGUUCCCGAGCCAGGGUAUCACGCCACAGGGCCAGAUUGCUGGUUUCAUUGGCCCACCGAUACCUCAGAACCAGCGAUUCAUCCCCAUCAAUGGAUACCCAAUACCUCCUGGAUAUGCGGCGUUUCCAGCCCCCCACUAUCAGCCGGCAGGUCCUCCCAGAGUGAUUCAGCAUUGCCCGCCUCCCAAGAGUCGGUCCCCGAGCAGCGCCAGUGGGUCCACGAGCACCGGUCAUGUGACCAGCUUGCCCUCUUCGGGAUCCAACCAGGAAGCCAACAUUCCCUUACUACCGCACAUGUCCAUUCCAAAUCAUCCCGGUGGAAUGGGUAUCACCGUUUUUGGCAACAAAUCCCAAAAACCCUACAAAAUAGACUCAAAGCAACCAUCUUUGCUAGGAGACUCCAAUAUUCAUGGACACACCGAAUCUAUGAUUUCCGCAGAACUGUAAGAUGCACGACUUUUGUAAAUGUGGUAUCCAGGAAAAACUAGAAAGCUGUAGGAAAGAUUUAAAUUCAAAGGUUUUUGUUUUUGUUUUUGUUUUUGUUUUUAUUACAGUGAGGUUCUCAUUUAGCAGACAUUGGAACAAGUAUCUUCUGUGAAGUUUAAGUGUGUCUUACCAAGCAGGGCAGACACCAGCCAGAAAAAAAAACAAACCAAACCAAACAAAAACGUUGUGGGAUUAACCCUCCAUCAGGGGUACAUGACAUGGCAUUGGGAUUGGGACAUCUGGUUUCAAGUACUAAAAACUGCCAGCCAGUGAAGAGGAAAAGAAUUCUGUGAUUAAAUAUCAAACCAAUAAGGAAAGUCAGUGGUGCUUUGUGUAUUUGCCUUCGUUCUCCAUGACUGGUCUCUCCCCAAAAUGUAUAUACCGUAGCAUUUGUCUACCUGCUGUCUUAUCUCCAAGACAUAUGUUCAGGAUUUAUGUCCAUUCAAUUUAGACUUUAUGCAUAUGUGUAUGGAAAUGAUAUUCAGAAUCAAUGAGGAAACUUUAGGCCAAAAUUGAAAUCCCAGAGGGAAUCGAGCCAUAAGACAAGUAUUAGAUCCCCCGAAGCCUUCUACACAGUGGGGCUUCUUUGGGAAGGUGCAGAGUGUGCCUCUUUGUGAAUUUCCUUUGCUGAUCACGAAGGCCUUUUCCACACUAACCUUUUCCACAGUGUGUUUACACAAGCACUUGAAAUAAUACAGGGCGUCAGACCAUAAGAGGGCUAGAUGUGGAUGCCGGAAUUGAUUGUUGGUUGAUAGUUCCAUCCGCUGCAUUAGAAAUGAGGAACCAAAGGAAGCACAGUCAGGAAAAUGGCUCCUUGGUCUAGAUCAGCACCCAUGGGAGAGGAACAAAGGGGCUCAUGGGGACAGCCUCACAGGGGCUUCCCUGGACCCAUAACAUUGAAGAGGAGAGGUGUGGCUGAGACCAGCACAUCAGUGCUACAACCUCCUGCAGAGGGGCUCUCACCCUCACAGAACUCUGGGCAAGUAGGAAACUCUAUGACACCAGUAUCUAGUUCAAGCUUCUCUUUCACCUUUUCUUUUCUGAUCUGGAAAUGUUCACAAAUGUUAGGCCAGCACCAGAAGUUACGACGAUUUAUUCAUAGAAUUGGUUGGAAUCCAAAGACUACGAAUUCUAGUU